AUGGAUCGUCGACGUUUUUUAACCAUUGAAGAAAUAGAAUCCUACAUAAAUACUUCGAGCAGUGAGGAUGAAGGCGAAGUAGUUUCAGCUAAACGAAUGAAAAUUGUUAAGCCUAUUUCGAAAAAAAUAACUUCUGUCGUAUAUAUUCCACCAGCAGAUGUUGGCGCUGUAAGUGACGAAGAACUUAUUGACGAUAAUGAAAUGAUAACAGAGGUAUCAGCUAUGACGGAUGUUUGUAGAGAGUUGGAGGUCGAACAUGAAUCAGAUGUGGAAGAUUUUGCGUCGCCGCCGUCAUGCUUAGUUGGAAUACUUGAUGAUGGACCAUCCUGUUCUGCAAAAACAACUAGACCCCCUGACGAAUCAGGUGAGGAAUCUUUAAAAAGCAAUAUUGUUGGUUCUAUGAGUGGCAAAACACCAUUUGAAUUGUUUCUGCAGUUCUUCGACGAAGAAAUAAUGGAAAUGCUGGUCGUGAAUACAAAUAUAUAUGCUCACCAAAAUUAUAUCAUAGUGGAUAUUAGCAAGCAACAGAUAAAUCGUUUCAUCGGAAUUUUGAUACUAAAUGGUUAUCAUAAAGUACCUCACGUUGAACAUUAUUGGAGUACACAGCAAACACUUGGUAUACCUAUAGUAAAGCAAGCUUUAUCACGUAAUAACUUCCAGUUGAUCUAA